ACCAAAACGGGCCCUUCAUCGUGAGGGUGGGGAGGAGCAGCAGGUCUGGGGCCAAUUUGGAAAGAUCCAGCCUCCUCCUGCGUUACUCUGGCGGCCUCACUUUCUCUUUUUUCUCCAGUCUCCCAUAUCCCGCCCCUUCCUCACCAUCUGCUCUCAGUCUUUCCCUAUUCUCAUUUCCUGUCUUCCUUAUUCCUUAUUUCCCUCCCUGUACCCCGCCUCCCUCUGGCCCCCGGACAAAGCUGCUGAUGGGGUUGAGAAAGGAAGAUCUCUGAUCCUCUCCUUCCAGAGACGCUGCUUUCCCGCUGAAGCCCCUCCCCACCUCCCCAGAAAGAGGGCUGGGAGGGGGGCCGAAUACCGAGAGCUGCCUCGGAUCAUUCCUUGCUCAGCCUGAGGUUACUCGUUUGAGGUUUCCCCAAGGCUCUACUAAAGAUUGACGUCUCCCCUGGGGAAGGGGUACCCUUCAAUUUGGAGGGCAAUAGAGGAGAGGGUUCCCUGAAGUUGCUAGAACUCCUUCUCCUAUUGUUUGCCUGCUCAGAACACAGGGUCCUACCCUCGGAAGGGAAGGUGGGGGCGGGGCAGGCCUGAGGGUCUUUCCCGGCUUCAGAAGGAAGGCUCGAAGGCUGGGGGGCUGGUGCCGGGGGUCAGCAGUGCAGUGGGGCCAAGGGAAAGUGUGUGUACAUGUUUGGGGGGGGGUAGUGUUUGCACAAAGACAGAAUCUGGGUCUCCCUGGCACUACGGGGAUGGAGAAUGCACCUGUUUGCGUUGGAAAGUCUCCCAACUCCACCGCCCCUCUUGGUCGGCCUGCCCUGGACUCUGGUCUCCCUUGUCCCCCUGAUCCUGCUGGGGGAGCCCUCCUCGAAGGCAAGCAGCGUGUAAUGAUUAACUCCACAGACACUCCAGCAUUCUUCCCAAAUUAAACUUUAAGAGAGCUUACCCUCCCUUUUCGCAUUGGUCAUGUUUUUCGAGUGAGGGAGUGGGCGGGGCCUCAGGGUCCUGGACCCUCCCCCCAACUCUGGGUCACCUAGGGGUUUCCCGCCUCCUCACCUGGGCCCUGUACCCCCAGAACUCCCCCGAAGGUUGAGCGUUCCUCCCCUUACAAUAAAUCCCGAUGGGGGCGGGGAGGGGAGUGCUGGGCCAGACGGGGGCCUUCCCGCCACCUGCUGGUCCCCAGCCUAGGCCUCGGCCCUGCCGGCCCCUCCCCCUCCCCUGGUUAGCAGCGGAGGUGGCCUUGUUUUCUUGCCCUGCCACCCGCCCUUGGGGCCAGCCAGGUGGGGCGAGAUUCAGGAAGUAAACAAGGAGGCAGGAGGCUGGGACGGCGGGAAGGAGGGUGGGGCCGGAGCCGCGGGGCAGGAGAGGCCAUAGGGGAAGCUUCGGCGUGGAGUUGCUGUGUUUCGGGGACUGAUAGAUUAUGGGGGUCUGUUUCUUCAACAGAAGCUUUCUGAGGGCCCCAGUUUGAGAGUUCAGGUUCCUUGGGAGGGGGCCUGCCAGGGCCCCACAGCUAGGACCCCCAUUCUUCUCCCAGUUUCAUCUAUUUGGUCCUAACUGCCCCACUCUUCUCUUGUCUUGGAAGGGUCUGAAGGGCAGGGUGAAGGAUGGAAAGGCCAAACCCAAGUCUUCAGUCGGCCCUCCAGCCCUCUGAGGCCAGACUCUAAUCUGAUUCUGAUUUAGAUCUUCUCCCCUUUCCCGGUCCAAACACUGCCCUGAUUCCUCUUCCCUGGGGUGGAGGAGGACCCCAGUUUUGGUCUCUGAUAUCCUGUCUGGCUUCCCUGCAGACCCCCCUCCCCCAGUCUCCCUCUCCCUGGAGUGAAGUCACCAGGGCUGGUUGCCAGAGGAUAAACGGGAUGGGAGUGGGGACACUGCGUUUUGUUGUUGAUGUUCUGGUGUCUGUUGAUGUUCACUGGUGGGUGUGUUUUACCCUUCCCUGCAGGACCCUGAGCCCCCUCCCUGUCUCUCCCUCCAACCUUCCUUUUUCUGCCUGUCUGUGUCUGUCCUCUUGGGUGUCUUGACUUUCUACUUCUGCUCCUGUAGUACCCUUCCAGCCAGGACACCCUGAAGAGUGUGUCAGGAGGACCCUCAUCCCCCAGGGUUGAUGUAGAGGAGUCCUCUGAGCCACUGAGUCCUGGGUUCCAGGGGUGGGCAGCAGCAUCAGAAUGAAAGCCUGGUAGGCCCCAGCCAGGAUAGAGAGCACUUCGUGGGUUUCUUCUUUGUGGUGAGUGAGGGCAUCAGUGGAGGUCAGCUCCACUCCAGAUGGGCCUUUGAAAUCCAGGCCGGGCCUUUUUUCUCUCCUUGGGGGAGGGGGCUCCUGGGCUGGGUGGUGGCUACCAGAUUGGGGGCUGACUUCAGUCCCACCUGGACUGGAGGUGGGCCAAGGGUGGGGAGGAGAAAAUGAUGUCAGAGGAGCUGCAGGCCAGGCAGCUUCUUUCUCCCCCAUCCUGUCCCUGCCCUGUGCCUCCCCCAUUCCUCCUAGGCUGGUAGGUUGGGGGCGGGAGUGGAGGGAGGUGGGCAGAGGCAGGGUUGUUUGUGUUUCUCUUAAGCCAGGAAGUUGUGCAGAUGAGUCAAUGUUGAAUAGAGAGCCCCAGGCAGUGCUGUCCCGCCCCACCCUGACUCACCUGUCCCCCAGAUCCCCUCACUUAAGAGUCCGGGACCUACCCCAUCCUGGAGGGUCAAUGCCAGGUGCCCCCAGCAGCCUAACAGCGCUGGCCUAGGUCUCAGGAGCUCCCAGGUUCUCACCCAGCCAAAGGGGUCUUUCUUCCUGUGGAGGAGGAGCCUGUGCUGCCUCUGCCGCCGGUGGGCAUUUUUGCCCCAGCUCUCCUGUCCUUACUUGUCUCAGGUACCUGUGCAGCACCUGUGGGUGAUAAGACAUGGGUAAGACCCUGGCCUUGCCUAGCAGUGCCAGGCGUCUUCAGACCAGUGGGUGGGUAAGACAGGUGCACGUAAUUGGCACAGAGUCCCCAGCACAGUGCAGAGAGGGAGACCUUCAGUCUGAAGGUGGAAAAUCCAGGAAGGCUGCUCAGAGGAGGGAGCUCUGGCAUUGGGGCUUCAAGAAAGUUGGGCGGGAGGAAGAAUCUGGGGAGGGCACACAAGGUUUGGGGGCUGCUGGGGCCAGGGCCCCCAGGUUAGUCCUGUCCUUCUCACUGCAGCUGAGCCUGCCUCCUGCCCUCCUGGUUCCUAUCCUGGCCCACCUCCUUCUCCCCUUCUGUGCAUCACUCAGCACUUGGGCAGGCGUUGCCACAACAGGCUCUGGCAACCAGGUCUGGCAACAAAGCCCUGGAAAAACCUGGGGCAGAGCCCGGAGGAGCUGAGUGCCCUGUGCUCAGAGCAUGCUCAGAGACUGAAAGUCUGAGCCUCGAACAGUCUGUGGGUUAUGGAGUCUGUUGCCCCAUGGUGGCGGAGUGGGACCCUCUUAGCUCUUCCCCUGGGCAACCUGGGGCUAAAAGAAGGGCACUGGACUUGGAGUCCAAACACCAGGUUUUACUCCCUGACUCACCUGCGAUGGGGGCAAGAAUGCUUCCUUCUCAGGGACCUGAAGUCCCUUUUUGUAAAUGGACUCACUCUACCCUUCCCCAGAGGCUCCAGAGAAACUCCAGUUAGAGGGAGAGCAAUGAGGUGCUGGGCAAACUCUGAGGGGCCCCUUGGCAGCUGUGUGAAGUCAGGAGGUCUGGGUCCUCUUGGCCCCUCUUCCCAGGACAAGGGGUCAAGAUCAGCCACUUCCAGCCCCCUCUUCUCCCUCAGAUGUUAUGGAGCUGGGUCUGUCUCCACCUCAUCUCAGCAGCUCCCCAGAAGAUCUGUACCUGACCCCUGGGACCCCUCCUGGGACUCCCCCGCCUCCCUCUGCCCCUCUGCCUGGGGAGGUGAAGAGGUCCCAGCCUCUGCCCAUUCCAACCAGCAGGAAUCUUCUUCGAGAGGAGGAGCUGCGGACAAGCUCUCUACCCUCCAUCCCCAACCCCUUCCCUGAGCUCUGCAGUCCUCCUUCACAGACCCCCAUUCUUGGGGGGCCCUCCAGUGCAAGGGGGCUGCUCCCUCGAGACGCCAGCCGCCCCCAUGUAGUAAAGGUGUACAGUGAAGAUGGGGCUUGCCGGUCUGUGGAGGUGGCGGCAGGUGCCACGGCUCGCUACGUGUGUGAAAUGCUGGUGCAGCGGGCUCACGCCCUGAGCGAUGAAAACUGGGGGCUGGUGGAGUGCCACCCCCAUCUGGCGCUGGAGCGGGGCUUGGAGGACCACGAGUCAGUGGUGGAAGUGCAGGCUGCCUGGCCCAUUGGUGGAGACAGCCGCUUUGUCUUCCGGAAGAACUUCGCCAAGUAUGAACUGUUCAAGAGCUCCCCACACUCCCUGUUCCCGGAAAAGAUGGUCUCCAGCUGUCUGGAUGCACACACAGGCAUAUCCCAUGAAGACCUCAUCCAGAACUUCCUGAAUGCAGGCAGCUUCCCAGAGAUCCAGGGCUUCCUGCAGCUUCGAGGGUCAGGACGGAAGCUUUGGAAACGCUUCUUCUGCUUCCUGCGCCGGUCUGGCCUCUAUUACUCCACCAAGGGCACCUCCAAGGAUCCAAGGCACCUGCAGUAUGUAGCAGAUGUGAACGAGUCCAACGUGUACGUGGUGACCCAGGGCCGCAAGCUCUAUGGGAUGCCCACGGACUUCGGCUUCUGUAUCAAGCCAAAUAAGCUUCGAAAUGGCCACAAGGGGCUUCGGGUCUUCUGCAGCGAGGAUGAGCAGAGCCGCACCUGCUGGUUAGCAGCUUUCCGCCUCUUCAAGUAUGGGGUGCAGCUGUAUAAGAAUUAUCAGCAGGCACAGUCUCGCCACCUGCGUCCGUCCUGUGUGGGUUCCCCACCUUUGAGGAGUGUCUCUGAUAACACCCUGGUGGCCAUGGACUUCUCUGGCCAUGCUGGGCGUGUCAUCGAGAACCCCCGGGAAGCUCUGAGUGCAGCCCUGGAGGAGGCCCAGGCCUGGAGGAAGAACCAUCGUCUCAGCCUGCCCACCCCAGGCUCAGGCACGAGCCUCAGUGCAGCCAUCCACCGCACCCAACCCUGGUUCCAUGGACGCAUCUCCCGAGAGGAGAGCCAGCGGCUCAUCGGGCAGCAGGGCCUGGUGGACGGCCUGUUCCUUGUUCGAGAGAGUCAACGGAACCCACAAGGCUUUGUCCUCUCUCUGUGCCACCUGCAGAAGGUCAAACAUUAUCUCAUCCUCCCGAGAGGGAGAGAGAGGGCGACAGAGGAUCCGAAGAGGGCUCCAUGUGGGGCUUGAGCUCAUGAACUGCAAGACUAUGACCUGAGCUGAAGUCUGAUGCUCAACUGACUGAGCCACCCGGGCACCCCCAGCCUGGAUGUUUCUUGAGGGCAGGGUGGUCUUGGUCAUCUGAGGAUCUCCAGUGUCCAGCAUGGAGCCUGGUCCAUAGUGGGUGCCUAGUAACUUCUUGUUUAACAAAUGAAUGUAUAAGGGAAUGUCAUCCAGGUGAGAUCUCCUGACAGGACCUAAAGCUGUGGGGGUAACUCAAACAGGCCUGGGAGCUGGAGUGGACUCUCAUAGCCUGUAUCCUCUGCAAGUCCUGGGCCCACUGCUGGGAUGAGUCCUGACAGUUAAUGAGUCUACAACCCCUACUUGGACACAUGGCCCAUCAUCUCUCCCAAGUCCCCAUGCCCCCCAUGGUCAACCCCUCUCUCUCCUGCUUUCUGUCCUUACAGUUCUGUUCCUUCCAGAAAGUCAUAUAAUGGGUACACUACAACACUCAGCCCUCUGAGUCUGGCUUCCCCCUCCAACCCAUCCUCCAACAUCCAGAGUGAUCUUUCCAAAAUACAAGUCCAGAUGGAUCCUGCAGGGUCUGGCCUCUUCCCACUGCCUAUGCUGGUCUGUUUUUGUCUAAAGAGUUUUGUCUAAGAGGGAAUUUUAUAGUCUUAGCUCUUAUGUGACAGGAAGGAUUUAUAACUGUCAAACUGGCAACACCCGAAUCUGCCACUUGAUUUUUAAACCACAAAGAGACCCUCUUUUCAGACACACGAACUCCGACUAGACAUUAUUUUUGCCAAAAAAUAAAACCGCAGUCUCGGGGCGCCUGGGUGGCUCAGUCAGUGAAGCAUCCGACUUCGGCUCAGGUCAUGAUCUUGCGGUCCCGUGAGUUCGAGCCCCGCGUCGGGCUCUGUGCUGACAGCUCAGAGCCUGGAGCCUGUUUCAGAUUCUGUGUCUCCCUCUCUCUCUGCCCCUCCCCUGUUCACGCUCUGUCUCUCUCUGUCUCAAAAAUAAAUAAACGUUAACAAAAAUUAAAAAAAAAAACCAAAAAAACAAAAAACUGCAGUCUUAUCCUUUGGAUCCAGCUACUAAUUUAUCAGAAAUACGGAGGACAGAGGGACGUGUGAAAUUACACAUGGGGAUACAAAUACCCAAAUCAAGACUAGGAAACUACAGAAUAGACAACCCGGUUUCUUCCACAAUAGCAAAAUUACAAGAAAAGAUGGGGAAUCUCUAGCUCUCAAGAAAUGUAGACAUAUGUCAACUAGAUGUUAUGUGCUGACCUUAUUUGAUUCAAAUCCAAACUAGCUAACUGUAAAAACAUUUAUGAGCAAUUGGGGGAAAUUUGAGCUCCGGUGAGAUGUUUGAUGAUAUUAGGGAAUUAUGGUUAACUUUUCAAGGGGUGAUAACCGUAUUGUGUGUGCGUGUGCGUGUGUAUGUGUGUGCGUUUAAGUCAUCAUCUUUGAGAGAGUCGUUCUGAAGUAUUUACAGGUAAAAUGAUAUCUUAGCUUUGUUUUUAAAAUAACUCCAAGGUUAGGGGAGAGGGUGUGAGUAUAGUCAUGGGUUAACCAUGAGUUGCUAAUAGUUGAAGCUGGGUGAUGGGUACAUGGGGAUUGAUUCAAUUCUCUAAACCUGUGUAAGCCUGAAAAUUCUGUAAUAAAAAUUUUUAAGUUUUAUUUUAUUAUUUAUUUUGAGAGAGAGAGGAUCCUAAGUCCCUGAUGCAGGUGUGGGGCUAGAACCCACGAACCGUGAGAUCACGACCUGAGUCGAAACCGGUCAAUCCACUGAGCCACCCAGGUGCCAACCCCUGCAGAUUUUUUUAAACGGAGAACCUCUCCUCAAAUCUUUGAGAUGGGGCGAGAGAUGGUGGGAUCCUGUUUUGCUGGUGAGGAAAUUGACGGUUCAGUGAGGAGACCUGCCCCAAGUCACAGUGAGAGAGACAGGAGAUCACCUCAGGUCUGAAUACAGGUCUGGGCUGUUCUGCUAGCCCUGCAUGGCUGACUU